ACUCACAACUAGCUUGGACAAAUUUUCUAAUAAACUUGAAGAGUGUUGAUUAAAUCACGGGUUCGAAGGACUCAGUAUCGUGCGCAUGACAGUGAAUUAUCAGAGAAGAGUGUUUCCAUUCAGAGAUAAAAAUUUAUUAUAAUUCAAGGUUGAAUUAAUGUAACAUAGUUGCCGCUGACAGUAUCUGACUGUUAUACUAGUGUUGGUAACAUAAAUUUCGAGAUGGCUACAACACCCUUACGUUCUGUCAACUGUAAGGUUCUGCAGCAAUGCGUGAGGUGGAACCAUUCCUGUCCACCUACAACAAAACUCUACCUGAACGGAAAAAUGGUUGAAUCAAAGACUACUGAAUGGAUAGAUUUACAUAAUCCGGCUACAAAUGAGGUGGUCACAAGGGUCCCGAAAUCCACCAAAACAGAGAUGGAAGACGCUGUUAUGUCUUGCAAAGAAACUUUCAAAACCUGGUCGAAAACUUCACCAAUCAGUCGGCAACAGAUCAUUUUUUAUAUAAUAGUUUUAUCUUCUAACAAGACUACUUAAUUUCUCUCACAGAAACAACUAGCUGAAAAUAUAACUCUGGAGCAGGGCAAAACUUUGAUAGACGCAGAGGGCGACGUUCUUCGAGGAUUGCAGGUGGUAGAACAAUGUUGCGGCAUGCCCUCACUACAGAUGGGGGAAACCCUACAGGGCGUGGCAAAGGACCUAGACAUCCAUUCAUACCGGGUUCCACUUGGAGUCACGGCAGCCAUUACUCCAUUCAACUUCCCCGCCAUGAUUCCGCUCUGGACCAUACCCUAUGCUAUCACUCUCGGAAACACACAUCUGCUCAAGCCUUCGGAGCGCGACCCUGGCGCGUGUAUGAUGCUGGUAGAGAUGUUGACUGAAGCCGGCUGUCCGCCUGGUGUGGUCAAUGUCAUCCACGGCGCACAUGCGGCAGUCGACUUCAUCUGCGACCAUCCUGACAUCCGAUCCAUCUCGUUUGUCGGAUCCGACAAUGCCGGCAAGUACAUCUACAAGCGUGGCUCGGAGACAGGCAAACGUGUGCAAUGCAACAUGGGUGCUAAGAACCAUGGUGUGUUGAUGCCAGAUGCUAACAAGGCCAACACUCUGAAUCAGCUGGUGGGAGCUGCUUUUGGGGCCGCCGGGCAACGGUGUAUGGCCCUUAGCACGGCUGUGUUUGUCGGCGAAACUAAGAACUGGAUCUGUGACCUGAAAGAGAGGGCUGAGCAGUUGGUAGUUAGCGCCGGUCAUUGCCCGGGCACGGAUGUGGGCCCAGUGAUAUCCCCCCAGGCCAAGCAGCGCAUCUGUGAGCUGAUCGAGUCAGCAGUGGACGAGGGAGCUACUCUCCUAUUGGACGGUCGCGGCAUCCAGGUCAAAGGCUACGAGAACGGCAACUUUGUCGGGCCCACUAUUCUCACUGAUGUCAAGCCUCACAUGAAGUGUUACAAAGAAGAGAUCUUCGGUCCGGUUUUGGUGGUUUUAUUCGCUGACACUCUAGAUGAAGCCAUUGAAAUAGUGAACAAUAAUCCAUAUGGCAAUGGAACCGCCAUUUUUACCAACAAUGGAGCCACCGCUCGGAAGUUCACGCAGGAAAUUGAUGUUGGACAGGUGGGCAUAAACGUUCCGAUUCCGGUGCCGUUACCGAUGUUUUCGUUUACGGGCAGCCGAGGUUCGUUUAGGGGCGAUUGCCACUUCUACGGCAAGCAGGGCGUUCAGUUUUACACGCAGACGAAAACCGUAACGCAACUGUGGCGUGAGAGUGACGUCACACAUUCAAAGGCCUCUGUAGCCAUGCCUGUUAUGCAGUGAAGCAACCAAGUGUCAGAGACCUGUUUCAUAAUAACUUUAUAACUUGAAUCUUCAUAAACUUUAUCAAUUCAUUUAUUCAUGAGAAGAUACACUCCAAAUAUGAGGUGAUACAACUUGUGAUACACUGAGAGGAUAGUCAACUUUACUUUUCAUUAUGUGUGCUGGAAUUCAGUUUCCUUUACCAGUCACAUUUUCAAUUGAACUAUUAUUGAAGAGAGGUGGAUUGAGUUGCCUGUUUGUAGAGUGAGUCUAGUCUUCAGUAUGGCAUUUUGAGUAUUUUAUUUGAAGUUAUCAAAGUAAUUUGUAAUUUUACUGAAACGGGUCUCUGAGAAUAUUGUAUAUCAUUCCAAAUCCUCAGUGUAAUAUGAAUGGUUGUUGUUCAAAACAAAUAAAAUUUAUUGCCAAAUCAAUAAACAACGUUUAGAAACAUGAAAACAUAAAUCAGUUUCAUGCAUUGAAAAAUUCACAACCGAAAUUAUAAGAGCGUGCACUAAAUAUUGGCGUUGUCAACAAAAAUACGUUGUCUUUAUUAAUACUUGUGUGGAUUGAUCCAUUCAUGAAAAAAUAUGAACUGAUACUUCAUGAUAUAGAUACUGUAUUUGAAAAAUUAAUAAGUAUAGUUUACUUAUAAUAUUUUAUGAUAUUUUACUUUGAAUAUUCUAAUUGAUUGGAAAUCAUUAUUCUGAAAUGGGGUUAUAUAUAGCAAUAUAGUUAUAUAUAUAGUUAUAUAUAUAUAAAACAUAGCAAUUUAACAGUUGAAUAAGAAAUGAGUAGCCUACAGAAUUAAUAGAAACGUAAAUAACAGUGGAAAAAUAUAUUCAAAGUUGAAUACAUUAGAGGCGUAUAGUUUUAUUUGUAAACAAACUAAUAAUAUUCAAGGCUGACAAAUAUUCUAAGAAACCUUUUUACUUAUUACUUAGUCUUUUGGAUGAACGAUGACAGAGUGCCAUAUUAAAAGUACCGUAUUAUGAAGAAACGAAAACUUGACUGACAGAAAACUUUAACUGAAAACCUGACAAAUUAUAGUAAACUUGACAAACUGAAGUUUUAUAGUACUGAAAAUAAGCCUUCCUCGGUAAAUUAAAAAAUGUUUUACAAAAUUUCAAGUUGAUCAGUUCAGUAGUUCAGACGUGAUAAUGCGUCAUUCGCGUCUUUCGUGUGAAUAAUUAAUAAGUAAUGUUUUCUAUUAUAUAUAUAUAUCCUUUUUUUAUUAUAACGUUGGUUGAUAUUUUGUCCACCAUAAUAAUAUACACCAGAACAGUUCGAAACAGUUCGGAUAAACGGUGGUUACACAUGGUAUGAUUUUUUGGAACUGCUUCAGUGUGGUCAAACAUGGUAUGAUUUUUUGGAACGCUUGUUUCUCUUUUCUUAGACGAGUCGAAUACGAAAGCCAAAUACAGUGAUAUCAAUACUAGAAACACAGAUAUUGCCACAGCGAUUCAAGCGGCAUCAUGGAAACUUGUGCUGCAGUACUGUCACAUAUUGCCAAUAACUUCCUUGGUCUGAUCCAACAUUUUGAAACUGGUGUAUAAUCUGUUCUGGUGUAUAAUUAUCUGGUGUAUAUUAUUCAGGUGGACAAAAUAUCUUACCAACUUUAAGCAAAAAAAUGACGUUAUAAUAAAAAUAAAGGAUAUAUACAUUGAGAUAUAUCCUUUAUUUUUGUUAUAACGUUGGAAGUGCUUAACGUUGGUUGAUAUUUUGUCCACAGGAAUAAUAUACACCAGAUAAAAUUAUACACCAGAACAGAGUAUACACCAGUUUCGAAAUGUUGGAUCAGACUAAGGAAGUUUUUGGCAAUAUGUGGCGGUACUGCAGCACAAGUUUUCAUGAUGCCGCUUGAAUCGCUGUGGCAAUAUCUGUGUUAUUAAUAUUGAUAUCACUGUAUUUGGCUUUCGUAUUCGACUCGUCUAAGGAAAGAGAAACAAGCGUUCCAAAAAAUCAUACAAUGUUUGACCACACUGAAGCAGUUCCAAAAAAUCAUACCAUGUGUGACCACCGUUUAUCCGAACUGUUUCGAACUGUUCUGGUGUAUAUUAUUCUGGUAGACAAAAUAUCAACCAACGUUA